AUGGAUGUUAUUGAGCUUCCUAUUAAGAAGGCAUCGCCGCUUGAUAUCAAAGUAUGGAUUCGAGAUCUAAGUCAAUGCCCAAUUGUAUCGAAGGAAAGACUGCAAGCAGAAUUAGAAGAGUUCCAGGGCUUAAGGAAAAAAUUUUGUACUAAUUUUCCUACUUUCCAAGACCUGCAAGUAGCAAACGUAUACUGCAAGAUGCUUGACACCCUUGAAGAAAAGCUUACAGGGUCAGCUCCUUCUAGUUUUACAUGGAGUCUGUCUUGUUCUCCAAAUCAACUAGAAGAGUUUAGUGAUAUCUGCUUCGAGAAAGCUAAUUUCGUAUAUAGAGUGGCAAACGUAUACCAAGCUGAAGCUAAGGCCUGUUUGCUGAAGCAAGAACCCAACUUUGCUCAAGCUCAUCAGUUUUUACAAUUUUGCGCUGGAUCUUUUAGUUUCGUAGGUAAACACUGUCUUUACCCUAGCUCUUUGGAUUUUGAAAACUCUCUUAUUAAAGCCUGGGAGCAUUGCUUUCUGGCACAAGCCCAAUCUCUUGUGUACCAUAAAGGACUGUUGACUAAUAGUAUACGAGAUUUAACACUUUCGAAGUUAGCAACGGGAAUUGCAACCUUAUAUGAUGAUGCUCACUAUUGUUUUGAGAAUUCGACAGGAGCCCAGAGUUACUUUGUACAUGUAACAUUCCUUGAAUCUUUAUAUUACCAUGCAAGCUCUUUCUUUUAUUUGUCUCAAGAUGCUGUUAGCAAGUAUAUGUAUGGGAAACAAAUUGCGUUUCUCGAACUUGCCUCACAUUAUUGCAAGAAGGCCCUGAAAAAGCGGUUUGAUGUACCAACUUCCAUAAAAGUUUAUGAAAAAUUGGAAAUUCUAUCAUCUGAUUUGGACAAUCAGGUUCGACAAGCAAAGCGAGACAACGACUUUAUUCAUCUUGAGCAAGUUCCUUCAAUACAGGAUAUCGCUAGGUGUGAUUCUGUGAUUAUGGUACAGCCAGUAAUUCCCGAUUUUUUAAGCAGUCCAUCAAAGACAUAUACAUACUUUCCUUCCAUCAUUGUUAGUGAGGAUCGAAGAAGAUGGAAACAAUUUCAUGACAAAGCAAAGGUUGUAUUAGAGGCUUAUGAGAAUGAUAUGUCGAACUUAACUGCCGAGGGAGAUGACACUGUGAACGGCCUAAAAAACCAUAUUGCUUACUAUUAUUGUAAUAAUAAUGAGUCCGCAUUGAAAUUACGGGACAUUGGGGAAAAGUACGAUAGAAUUAAGGAAUCGGGUGGACACGAACUUUUAAAAACCCGGGCUGCUUCUUUAAUGACCCUAUUCAAGGAUGUAUCAAAUACAUUUCAUCAAUGUCAUGAUAUUUUAAGUAAUGAAAAAGAAAAAGAUGAUUUCUUCAAAUUAAAAUUUGGGGCUGAUAGAUGGAAAAGAGUAUCGAGCGAAACUGCAUCCAGAGAAUUAAGAAAUGAGUUGGAGUCUUUGAGGAUCAAUCUCAUCAACUUUGAAAAUCUAGUGAAUGAUACUAAAAAGCUUUCUGACAGGAUUAAUCCCAUUUACCUUACAACCGAACCCGAACUUUUAUUUAUUAAACUUUCUCCAACGGACGAGACAUUGAGCUCCCUUGAAAUAAGUAUUUUAUCGACGGUGAAUAAUGAAAUCCAAAGUUGGGAAGAUAUAAAAGAAAAAAGGUCACUAAUUCGCUUACACGACAUUGAGCCUCAAUAUUUUACUAAGGUGGCUUCUUCAAAGUCUGCUGAUCCAAGUGUUCUGGUAUCAAAAUUUGAAAAAGAGCUUAGUAACCUAUGGAAUGCGAAAGAACAGCAAAGGUCACAAACGAGGCUAUUUGACGCGAUUUGCAAGUUAGUUGACAAUUUGGUCUAUGCAUAUAAUGAAAGGCAGAAGAAAAAAUCCAUGAUGCAGAAAUUACAAGAACUAUAUGAAACGUAUGAGCUAUACUGGGAAGUCCUGAACAGAAUCGAAAAUGGAGUUAAUUUUGGCACUCGGUUACUUGGUCUUUUCACGAGAAUUGAAUUAGAAUGUACAGGUUACGCGAACCAAAGGACGGAAGAAGCAGCAUCACUUGUAGAAAAAAUCUCUAGCCCUAUACAUCAACUUUUUAAUCCAAACAUUCAUCAGAUCAGAUUCAAAAAGUGA